AUGCAAGCGAGCGGGAAUCAGAUGCAGUCUCCCAAGAUUCGACGACGACAAGAAGUUCUGCCAGCCAGCACUCCCAAUGCUACUGCGCAUCUGGUGCCGCGAAACGAUAACGAUCGAGACGUCAAAGCCGACGUCACAGCUCCUUCUCUCGAUGACUCUCCGACUUAUGAUAGUGGAAAUCUAUCCCGUUUCUUCGAGGCCGGGGUUCUCUCCUCUAAAUGGGACGCGUUCGAGGAGAAGGGGACGUUUCGAGAUGUAUACAUUGGUACCGAGGUUGCUAAUCUUCAUCAUCUUGUGCGAGAUCAUGAACUUCCUGGUAGCGGUUGUUUGUUCUAUCCCUGUCCUGCGAUUCGGGAUGAACUAUCGUGGAAACCGGCUCCCGGGCCCUCGAUCCAUCACUACCUAUCGGACGAGGCCUUGAGCGACCUCAGCAGUUCUCCCGUCCGCCAUGUCCUAGAUGCCUUAGUAGAGACAUACUUUGCAGAUAUCCAUCCAGGCUUCCCGAUCAUUGACCAAGCCAAUUUUCGACGGAGAUACGAAGACGCCGACAAUCCGCCUCCCCUCAUAGUCUUCCAGGCGAUGCUUCUUGCAGCAGCUCGCAUCACGGACCAUCCUCAGGUCGCUGCAUCUCGUGAGACCACGACGGCCGUCCUCUACAAGAGGGCCAAGACUUUGUUCGAUCUCAGACAUGAGCACGACCGCGUCGAUCUGAUCCAGGCUGCGCUCUUGAUGUCAUGGUACGUGGAGAGUUCGGAUACUGUGGCCUCCAACGCGUACUACUGGGUUGGCAGCGCUGUGCGCAUUGCCUUCGGAAUGGGGCUGCACCGCACCGCCUCGCUCCGUGAAGUCAUGUUGGCGCUGGAGUACGGUAGGCCCAGUCUGAUACGCAUCGAUGAUUUCGAUGUGGGCGUUCUCGAGGACGACGACUUCAAGAACAUGGACGACUCGGACGAUCACACGGUAAAUGGUUACUUCUGUUCAAUCCUGGGCGACAUCUCCAUGGUAUCCUUGGACAUCCUCAGUCUCCGGGCGCCGCGAGGCAGACCCGCCCACCUGACCACAUCAGCCACAGAACGUCAAUUAUCAGCUGUGGCUAUGCGCAUACUUCCCACCCAUGACGCGUGGUCUUGCCAACUCCGUCUCAUCUACAAUCGGGUCGUAUUGGCCUUCCACCGAACCAGCCACGAUGAAAGUGCGGCCAAGCUGUGCUCCGAAGCAGCAUCCAACAUUCUCACCACCUUCGAAGCCAUGGUGGUGCACAGCACGAUCCGCCAAUGUCAUCUGAGCACCACCACGGCCCUGACAGCGGCUGCCAUCGAGUUCGCCCGCGAGGCCCGAUCAGCAGCCGCGACAGGGUCGAUCCUCAAGGCCAUAUCGGCGCACGGGCAGCUGGAGAGACUGCUGGGCCCCGCAGAAGCGCUUUCGCCACACUUUUCGCAUGUCAAGGCCGUCCACAGGCUCUGCAAAAGCCUGAGUGCACGUGCCGAGGUCCUCAUCAAAGAAGCCCAGGAACCGAAUUCUACGUUGCCCGUUUCUCAGCUACCUCCUGAAACCAACAUUGAUUGGGAGGGAAUCAUGGCGAACUACCGUACACCGAAUCUUGGGUUUGGGACGGAUCUUGAGGGUGAAGAGUGGUUGCAUGCCUUCUCGUGGGCCAACGCCGACCCGUCCUAUGAUGGUACGGAAUGA